CGUGAACGACGUGCUUUUAUUCUGAAGGAUACGCUCGGAAAUCCGUUCAAGAAAUGUGGAGCUCCAGAAGCCGAUGCCGAUAAAGUGACCGUUAGAUUGUUUGAGACUUCAGUGCGCCAUGGCAGGCCAUUUGAAAGAUAAAGAAGCUUACCAAAGACUUAACUACCUCUACCAGGCUGCUCAUUGUGUCUUAACUCAGAAUCCUGAGAAUCUGGAGCUGGCUCGGUUCUACUGCUUCACGCAGAAAACUAUAGCGAGGCGGCUGGUUCUCAGACAAGACCCAUCAGUGAAGAGAACUUUAUGCAAGAAGUGCUGCUCAUUGCUCAUACCAGGUGUUACUGCCACAACAAGACAGAGGAGAAAACACAGAAAGACUCGCUUCACUGUAGUGAAGUGCCUCAGCUGUGGCCAAACCAAGACUCUGCUGAAUAAUCCAGAUCAUUCUCUGUGGGUGGACCGACCUGAGGCACAGCUGGAGCAGCAGAAACAGGCUGACCCAACCCUGUCAGCUAAAAAUCAGCCUAAAGACGGAAAGGCUGAAGGUUCACAGUCCUCCAAACCAAAGGAUGCUCUGACUGCUGCCAGCACAACAUCUUUAACUUCAGAAAACAUUUAGCUUUAUUCCAGUGGAUCUCAAUGAAUACAUCCUGUACAUUUGUGAAUUUUCUUUUUUUUUUUUCAUCAAAAAUGAACCCUUUUUUUUGAAAAUUGUUUUUAUUUUUCAAAAUGCAUAUACUCCUAUUACUGUUCAGUUAAAGUAAACCUCUUAU